AUGGACGACACGACGGACUUCGCAGACCACGUGCCACCGCCACCUGGUCCUCCGCCGUUGUUAUCAGAACCUCAAAUGCUCCAGCUCGCGCAGCAGGGUUGGCUAUCCUUGCCGCUGCCUGCACAAACGGCAGGGACCUUAGCUGAACUUAUGGCUACUUCGGCCGCGUUUUUCGAUCAGCAGGAUCACGUCAAGGCGAGGGCAUAUCCCUCUUCCAAGGCUGGCACUGAGUUCGGAUACUACAAGGUGGAGAAGGAGAAAGAGUAUGUGAGCGGGAAUGUCGCACCGCUGCACCACAGCUUGGGGGACACCGCAGCCAGGGCAUGGCAAGAGCGUGCGCUUCUCCUGUUCCGCAUCCUGUGUGACUUGACGCGCUGGUGCCACUUUGACACGCUGCCGCCGCCGUCGUCGCUGUGGUCUUCCGUGUGGAAUGACAUUCUCGACGGCACCCUGAAGAUGCCUGCCUCAGAAGAUCAAAUGACAUACACUUUGCUGCGCCUAUUUCGGUACGUUCCAGCCACUGGGGUUGCCGAAACGCACAUCGACCUAGGAUUAUUGACGCUCUGCGUGGGUGAUCGUGAAGGGCUGGAAGUUCUAGAUCGACAACACUCCACAAACGAACGGCCCGUCUGGAUCAACUUGAAUGCUGCAGGUGCGGUUGAAGCUGCGGGUGAAGCACGUGUGGCGACCAUCCUGGUUGGGCAGACGCUCAGGGCUUUGUCCCAGAGGACGUUCAACGCGGGCAUACAUCGUGUGGUUGGCAAUGCGGAGGGAAGACACAGUGUGGUGUUUGCGCUCCGCCAUUCAUCAAGACAUGAUGUUGAUCUCGGCUUGUUUGGUGGCAAGGGACGUGUCAGGGCCAGCGAGCUCUACAGGUUUAUCGAGGUUGGGAAGGUUAAUAUCAACACUGUCAAGAAAAGGAGGGAUGCCCAGCGAGCUGAGGACGUGAAGGGAAGGCUCGCGAAGUCAGCAUUGGCAAGGUAG